GCGCUGUUUUUUAAACGUUAUUUAGGCAGUGCGUGACCCGGAAAAUGGAAUGUGAAAAGAAGAUGAAGUUGGGUUUGCUUGUCUUAAUUCUUUGUGAAGUUUGUAUUACAGCCUUUCUUCCCUGUAUUCAUGGAGUGAGGUUACCGUAUCCGCAAGAAAGAGCCUUGGAGAAAGCGCCUGAGUAUUUGGAAAGACUGGUAGGAGUGGAAACUGAGAAAAAUUUGAUGGGUGAAAAACAGCCAAGGGAGCUAUCAGGCUCAAACCCGUUGUUACUAACGGAGGGACUGCAGAACGUUCUCCGGGGCUUGUUGAAGGAAGGCGUGGCGGUGUCUGAUAGUGACUCCGUAAGCAAGAAGACCGUGUCUGAACAAGACAGUAGCUGGUGGCUCCCUAAAGUAUACGUUUCGGGCAACAUACUUGGAGAGAGAGAGACAGUGCAUGGCGGACAACACAUAAAUACACAUUCUCCCAAACUAACUGGACGGUUACAAGAGUUAGAUGGUCUGGCUCGCACGCUAAAAACAGCACCGCAGCCCCACGCUGGAAAGGACUCCAUCUACCAAGAGAAGUACUUCCAGCAAAUCAUGGACCAUUUUGGUUUUAGUAAGCACGGCAACCAAACAUACAGCCAGCGCUACCUUUUCUCAGAUAAAUACUGGGAUAAAGGUUUUGGUCCAAUCUUCUUUUACACUGGAAAUGAAGGAGACAUUUGGGUCUUUGCAGAGAACUCUGGAUUCAUUGUGGAACUUGCAGCAGAACAGCAGGCACUGAUCAUCUUCGCUGAACAUAGAUAUUAUGGAACUUCACUUCCUUUUGGAAAAAAAUCAUUUGAGAAAUCUAACAUUGGACUGUUAACAGUAGAGCAAGCCUUGGCAGACUAUGGAGUGCUCAUUAAAGCACUUAAGAAGCAGUAUAAUGCUGAAAACUGUCCUGUAGUUGUAUUUGGUGGGAGCUAUGGAGGAAUGCUGAGUGCCUUCAUGAGAAUACGGUAUCCUAACAUAGUAGCAGGGGCUUUAGCAGCUAGUGCCCCUGUAUUGUCAACUGCUGGUCUAGGAGACUCCACUCAGUUUUUCAAGGAUGUCACACAGGAUUUCUAUUGCAGCAGUCCCAUUUGUGUCAAUGCUAUACGUGAUGGCUUCCAGCAAAUUAAAACUUUAUAUGAACAACAAGCAUAUGAGCAAAUCAGCAGUAAGAUGUCUCUGUGUUCAUUACCCAUUUCCAUAGAAGACCUGAAUCAACUGUACCAGUUUGUGAGAAAUGCAUUCACUGUUCUGGCAAUGAUGGACUAUCCAUAUAGCACUAACAUGUCAGCCCCACUCCCUGCCAAUCCUGUAGAGGUUGCAUGUCAAAAAAUUCUGAAUGCAGCAGAUCAUGUGACUGGGUUACGGGAUAUUUCUGGAAUGCUUUACAAUUCUUCUGGGGAGCUGAUAUGUUAUGACAUCUACAAACUGUUCCAUAGUUGUGCAGACCCAACAGGCUGUGGAACUGGACCAGCUAGCCAAUCAUGGGAUUAUCAGGCCUGUACAGAGAUAAACUUGUUAUAUGACAGCAAUGGUGAGACAGACAUGUUUCCGAAAAUCCCUUUCACAGAUGAUAUGCGACAAACCUAUUGUUCACUGAGAUGGGGAGUGCAGCCCAGGAAAGACUGGCUAGGCAUGCAGUACUGGGCAGAAGACCUGAGUGGAGCUAGUAACAUAAUAUUUUCCAAUGGAGAUCUGGAUCCCUGGGCAGGAGGUGGUAUAAGAAAAAACCUAAGUGCAACAUUAAUCGCCAUAAAUAUUGAAGGUGGUGCCCAUCAUCUGGAUCUCAGGGCAUCUAAUCCUGCAGACCCACCUUCUGUGAGGAAAGCUAGAGAAAUGGAAUCGUUCAUUAUUCAGCAGUGGGUGAAAGCUGCUAGGCUAGAAAAGGCCUUCAACCAACUAUCAAAAAUUAAGUGUCUUUCAUGUGUCACUUUAUAAUGGAACUAAAAUCAAAAAAUGACUUCACUAAUGCCAAUGAGUAGUACAUUUUUUGCAGAUAAAAUGUGCUUUUCACUUAUGUUUUCCCUAAACUUUUUUUCAAAAGAAGCAGGCCUUCUUAAACA